UUCAUUGUUGACAUCAGGUUUCUCUCGGAGGGAUAAAGACAUCGGAUCUAUGAGAGGAUUUUAGACUCACUUGAAUUGAACUAAGAGGAACACGCUCAACAAUAGCUGGAGAACUUUAAAUAUAAAACAGUCAGGAAGAUGUGUUUUAGGACGUGACGUUUGAUGCUCAUACGAAUCGAGACAUGACCUAAAAACCCACCGACUAAUGAACAUGAGGUCCAGAAUGAAAGGAGUUUUUUGGAGUGGCAUUUUGCCGCUGUUUCUCUGGACAUUUGUGAGCGGACAACCGUCCUGUCCUAUCGAUACCAACAGAACAGAGCUACAAACUCCAUAUGAAAUACCAACCAAGCUGACCUUCAAUACUGCCUUUAUGUCUCCAAUUGUACAUUCAUUCCUGGGCUCUGUCCAGCCCAAUCCAUUCCCUAAAGAUCUGCUGAUUAGAAUGAUACAAGAUAAGAAUUUCAGCAUGGAGAGGGUUAAAGAGGUUUUGAAAUAUGAGAUAGGUUUCCUGGUCUGCGUGGCCAUUGGGAUCCUCUACAUUGUCCUGAUGCCUCUAAUUGGCCUAAUAUUUGCCUGCUGUCGUUGCUGUGGUAACUGUGGGGGCCGCAUGCAGCAGAAGCAAACUACGAACAUCCACUGCAAGCGAAGAAGCUUUUACUUGGCCACAUUUCUCAUCACUGUACUAAUUCUGGCAGGGAAUGUUUGCAUGUUCCUGAGCAGUACAAACACUUCAGAGACUGUGAUGCGCAGCCCCACAGAACUCACUGACGUCUUGGAGAAUGUCAAAGGCUAUCUUAACACUAUUUCUAAGCAAAUCGAACAAGUUAAGAGUGAGAGCAAUGUGACUGUGGAUACCGUCAAAAGCAACUUGAAUGGGUCUUUGCUUGGUAAAUUAAUCCAAAAUGGUCUUAAAGGUCCCCUCGACCCAGCAUUCAACUCCAUUACUGAAAUAGCCCACGUGAUAAACAGCACCAGCCAUGAACUGCUGAAGCUUAAUAAAACCUUGGAGCUGUUGAAACCAAAGGUGGAUGUGCUGAAAGCUAAUUUAUCUGCUGUGAGGCAGCGGAUUAACAACACUUUGCAUAUGCCAGACUGUGUAAACUGCACUUCCCAGCGGCCAGAACUGGACAAACUAUCACUGGAAGGAAGCCUUGACUUUCCUGAUCAAAACGACCUGAGGUCUGCUCUAGACAAGGCUAUAAAUGCUGAUGUCAUUGGACAGGCAAAUAAGGGGAGAGACUUUUUUGACAGCAUUCCAGCAAAGGUGAAAAAUGAGUCCAGACUAAGUGUGCAGGUGGCUCUGUUGCAGCUUGAAACAUUAAAAACCAAGAUCUCAGGUGUGACCAAAGACCUUCCUCUUGAUGUAUUGAAGACUAUCUCAGCACCACUAACGGACGUGCAGAAAUCGAUCAAAGCUUUUUCUCCUGACAUAGAGAGAUCAAGUCAAAUCAGUCAGGCUGUUGGAUUGGUCCUGAGCUGUCUGAUUUUGCUCGUGGUGAUCUGUAAUUUUCUGGGUCUGCUGCUGGGUGUAGCUGGACAAAAUUCUAAAGACAAUCCCAUUGAACGUUCCGGCACAUCUAACUGUGGAGGAAUAUUUUUCAUGGCAGGAGUAGGUUUCAGCUUCCUGGUCUCCUGGAUCUUCAUGUUAGUAGUGUUGAUACUUUUCAUAGUGGGAGGAAAUACCUAUACCCUGGUCUGUAAACCAUGGCAAAACAAGGAACUCAUCCAGCUUAUUGACACUCCAGGGCUGAUUCCAGGUUUCAACCUGUCCAGGGCUCUGAAUCUGAAUACAAACCUGAAUAUUGUUAAUGUGUACAGUGACUGUCAAAAGAAUAAGCCCUUGUGGACCACAUUUCAUCUGAAUGAGAUCUUCGACCUAAAUAGUAAAUUAGAUGUUUCACAGUACACCCAUGAGAUUGAUCAGACCUUUGAUGGGGUACAAAUCAACAUAGCAAACAUCACCAUCCUCAGUCCAGAGGUAAAGUCCCAGCUAAACAACUUCUCCAGCAGUGCCAGCAGUAUGAACUUCAGCAACAUUACACAGCAGAUUAACGACGUGUCAGGGAUUAAUCUGAGCUCAAUAGCAGAAAGUCUGGAUAUCUUGGCUGGCAAACAGAGUAACCAAGCUAUAAAAGAUGAACUGCAUGGGGAAGCAAAAGAUCUGCGAGUCAUCCAGACUGACAUCACGUCUAACAUUAUGCCUUUGUUGCUGGAACUGAACACCACUGUUAAGAAUCUCAGUGUAGUAGCAUCACAAAUCACUGCAGCUGUGGAAAAUGUUUCCCAAAAAGUUGCCUAUGCUCAGGACGUCCUGAACGUCAACAUAUCACAAAUAGUGAAAACUGAGAGCAGGGCAUUCAUAGACUGUCAGCUGAAAAUCUUUCAGACAUUUCUUCACUGGGCAAAUCAAACGAUCACAGAGAGGGUGGGUCGGUGUAGGCCUGCAGCUGCAGCAGUAGACCGAUCAGAGGAGCUCGUCUGUAAACACUUGGUAGAAUCUUUGAAUGCAUUUUGGUUGAGUUUGGGCUGGUGUAUGAUGUUCCUGAUCCCCAGCAUCAUUUUCUCAGUUAAACUGGCCAAGUACUACCGCAGGAUGAAGUAUUCAGAUGUUUAUGAGAACAAUAACUUCAUGAUGAAUCCUUUCCCAAAGGCCCACCUCAAUCCUGAAUUAUUGGAAAAUGGCAAACAACCACCUUUUACAUAAGCACAUAAUUAAAAAUGACUGUUAAGUUAUACACACUGACCCACAGAUCAAUGAAUUGACAAGUAGACAAUGACUGUAGUAAAAACAAUGCCAAAGUAGCUUCUGAGUACCCUUUUCUUUAUUUUUAGUGCCAUAGAUUGUAUCAUAAAUGAACUUUGUGUCAAAUGAUUUUAGCACUUGAUAUUUAAAUGAAAAGCACAACUUUACUGUUACAACUGUAAUAUGUUCUUGUAUUAUAAGGCAUUAAUGGGAGUUUAAGCUUUAGAAUGCAGUUUAUGUGGUCCUGUAGGCAUUGAAAUUUAUUUAUGCCAUUUUUUUCAAUAAGAAAUAUGGGUAUGCUGUUAUAUACAGUGGGUACGGAAAGUAUU